AUGUCGAUGCUGUCCGAAGCAAACCGUGGAGGACUGCAGCUGUUGGCUGACCUGAACACAUUCAUCCAACACCUCAUCUUGCAACAUGAGCAGCAACAACAGCUACAGAAUGACGAUGGUUCAUUGUUGGGCGAGGACAAGAACCCAUUCCUACUCAAAGUGUGCUUCUACGUGGAGAGGAUUCUAUCUGAUGGAUUGAAGGACGUCAACUUCAUUGGACAGACAUAUAUGUGGGACUUCUUACAGAAUAUAUAUAAGUGUCUACCCAACACGAAGGAUGUGGUCGAGCUGUCGAAGGACUGCUCAAAGUCAGCUUGUGGACGUGGUCGUGUAUUCAUUCGAUUGGCACUAAACGAUGGUGCCCUGUCGGGCUACCUAUCAGCUCUAUACUACAGUCAAGAUAUCAUAAAGUCAUAUUACAAGGAUAGUGCAUUAUUUAGGAAUCCAGAGUUCGCAUCGACCUUCCUUAGUUUGUUGGACUCAUUGUCACAUAUUAACUUCAAUCUAGUUGUAAAGGACAAGGACCUGGAUCGACCACAAUACUGGGAGGAUGUAGCCAUGUCACUCUUUGACAACUCAAAGGCGCUUCUUCAAGUGUUACAGAAACAACAGCAACAACAAGAGCAGCAGCAACAGCAACAGAAUGCGACAACAACCACAACCUCAACUACCACGACUACAACUACAACACCGACCUUAACAGAGAAUGAUCACAACGUUGCACCACCUGCUCCAGCCGAGGACGACAUUGACUUGAACGAUCUUAACGAGAUAUUGGAAGAGAUUACAAAGGAGGAUGAGAUGAUUGAGACGUUGGAGAAGAACUCAAACAGUUGGGACUCGAUGAUCGAAUCGCUGGCAAGGGCAUCCAAAGCCGUCCUUCUCGACUAUGCAGGCAAGGCUUCGGCCCUCACAUCCAGGGAUCGCAGUGUGCUCAAUCUCUACACCUCGAUCGAGCACAUCAUACUCAAUGGAAUGAAUGACUCUUCCGACCGAUGGGAGCACCUUGAGAGAUUGUGCGCAAAUGAUUUGAGUAGAUUGGACGACAUUGAUCAUGUUAACAGGGUGUACGGCACGACGACCAGCAAUGUAGAUAUGAAACUAAAGGCCCUGGUCUACAAGCAAUUGAACGACAACACUCUGGUCAAGGCCAUCCACAGCGUGUUUGACAAUGAGCGCACCAUGCCGACGGUGUACUCUGCCUCCAGUGCGCUGUUGCUCAACAAGAAGUACCGACAACUGUUCCAACAGCACCUGGACGACCUGUUGCCCAAGGUCAGCUUCCAGCUUAACUGGCAGGAGGCAGGCAUCAGCAACACAGUCACUGUGAUCAAGAAGCACACCAAGAUCAUCAAGAAGAAGGUCAGGAAGAUCAAGAACUCGGGCGACACUGCUGUCACACCCUCGUCAAGUCAAUCAGCAACGCCAUCCAUAGCAUCGCCACCCUUGACCGUGGACAGCAGCACAGAUGAGCUAUCUCUGAAUCCAUCACCGGCAGCGCCAUCGUCCACUGUCUCCACGCCACCCGUCACCUCCGCAGCCGCAGCCCUCGAUACACUGCCGCAUGUUAGCCACACAGUUGUUGAUAAGAAUGAGCAGCAUGAGCAAUCAGAGUUGGCCACUGUCAUGGCAGGCACACAUAGCAAUAGCGAUGAUGAGCAGAGACAACCAACUGCCACGACAGCAGCAGUGGAGAGCAUAUCCUUGGACUCAUUCAAUCAAACAUUGGCCGACCUAAUGCGAAGAGAGAAUAUACAACGACCUGCACCACCAACAAUUGAGCGCCAGACACCUGUUGUAGUCACAGUGCCCACCAUCGAGCCUCAGCGAGUGACUAUUACCAAAGCCAUUCCAAGAUCUCAACUGCUCUCAUCAUCCGAGAUUGAGCACUACCUCUCCGACCUCGUCGAGAACGAGGAGCAAAGCAAGCAAGACGAGAACUACACUCUGGAGUCAUUCACGCCAUCGGUCGGACAUUCUAUCCCAAUGCCAAUGGCCAAUGGAGGCAGGGGAAGAAGUCCCAACAACAACAGGGAGCACAGCAGGGAUUCACAGAUCUCCAAGUCAUUCGUGCCCAAUGAGCAUCUGGCCGAGGUGCUCAAGAUGAUCGAAGAGGACAAGGAGAAGAACAACAACAGCAUCGAGCGAAUGGCCACAUCGGUGGACUCUUACACCAACUUCCAUUUGAUCAGCGAUUACUAUCGCGAGGAAGAUACCAAGAAGCCCAGAGGCAAGAGGAACAUCUAUGUUGGUGAGGACGACAUGAUCUUUAUCAACCGAGAGUUCAAGAAACCCAGGCUCACAUCAGACUAUCACACCCAGAACUGUCCAAGCUGUGGAUCAAACCUUGAGAAGCUUGGAUUCUUCAAGACUAGGUUCUGCUACUACACUGGCGAAUGGUUCUGCACCAAUUGCCAUCAUAACAGCAAGGUGCCUCUGCCCAAUCGCAUCCUGUUCCAUUGGGACUACAAGAUGUACCCAGUGUCCGACUCAUCCAAGCAAUACCUGGCACAGAACUUCAACAAGCAGUUUGACAUCUUCCGCUUCAAUCCCAAUGUGUACACCGUGUCCAACACGCUGAACAAGGUGCUGGAGCUGCGCAAGAAGCUGCAUUUCAUCAGUGAGUACAUCGAGACCUGUCGUAACAAGUCGGCACUGGAAAGUCUGUCCACACUUAAGCUAUAUAUCAUCAAUGAGAAUGUCCAUCUCUACUCGCUGGCCGACCUUGAGCGCUGCAACAAUGGUACCCUUGAGCCACAGAUCUUUGACGUUCUCGAGAAGUACACUCACCAUGUAACAAAGACUUGUUCAACUUGUAAAGGAAAAGGAUUCAUCUGUGAGUUCUGCAACACUGAUCAGCUGUUGUUCUCUUGGAUGAAGCUGGAUAUCCAGAAUGUGAUUCAGUGCAGCAAAUGUCAAUCGUUGGCACAUCGAAAGUGCUAUGUUAAGGAUAAGUGUCCAAAGUGCAUCAGAAUCUCCAAUGUCAAGUCAAAGCACGCUGCUGAUGAGCACAACCAUGGUCACUCCUAUAUAGUUGGCUAA